AUGCAGCCUAGAGAAUCAAUCCUCGCCUUGCAGAAAAUAUUUGUACACUUGAUCGAUCACUUGAUUGCUCUCAGUAAGACUUUUACUAACGAUGAACUUGAUCUUAAACAUGAGAUUGAACUUGGGAUACUAGAAAAACAUGAGAUUCAAGAGAAGAAAUCCAAAGGCAUUGCUUUGAAAGUUGACUCAAGAGAAGAACUAGGAGAAAAUUCUCUAGAUGAAGAUGAAAACUCCAUGGUUUUUGUGAAAAGACUUGACCCAUUUUGUUUCCCUCGCUCCCACAACCUUCUUCUCACUGCGUUCAUACUCGUUGCGUUCAUCAUCACUGCUUCUCCCAAAACCUCCAUUCUUGAUUCCUGCGUUCAUCACUCACUUCGUUCAUCACCGUUUACAUUUUUGAAUGAAGUUCCAAUUACUUGUGAUAAUUGGAGAAAUAAACAAUUGAACGAAGCUAAAGACAAAAUAUGGAGUGAGAUAAAGAGGUGUUUCGACAUCGAAGAAAACAGAAAAGAUCAUUGUCUCAAAUUGGCCGGAAAGUUACUAAGAGGGUUUAGAACCUUUUUAUCAACCACCUUUCUUAGGGAUACGGAAGGUACUUUUGUUGAUGCAGAGCUUCCAUCUAAAUAUGCAAGUUUGAUUUCACCUAAAGAAUGGGAAACGUUUAAAUCCAAACGAAAAACCCAAGAAUUUAAGAGUGUAAGUGAAACAAACCGGCAAAGAGCAUCAAGUCCGGCGUAUCCCUAUAGAAAAGGGCGUGUUGGAUAUGGACGCUUAGAGCAGUCUAUAUUAACAAAGGAGAAUAGUUCUGAAACAUCUCUUCCGGCACAUGUUUUGUGGAAGGAAGCCCGUGUCGGUAAGGAUGGAAAGAUUAAAGAAGACGUUCAACAAAUAUUUGAGAAAUGUGAGACUCUAUCUCAAUCUAUAGUUCCAUAUGAAGACACUGAUUGCAGGAGCAUACUGAGUCGAGCAUUAGAUGUUCCCGAGUAUUCUGGUCGGGUGAGGGGCAAGGGAUUUGGGAUCACUCAAAAAUCCUUGAAUAUUAAAAAACAAAAGACUCCUAGCAAUAAAGAACUGCAGCAAACUUUGGAAGCAUUAAAAGCUGAAGUUCUUGAAUUAAGAAAGGAAAGAGAAAGAGAUCGAGCAGCGGGUUUUAAAGAUACUAGUGACAAAGAUAGUAUCAAUUGUAAUUUUCAACCGACUAUUCCAGAGGGCAUUUCACCUUGUCACCUCUACUUAGCGAGACCGACUUAUCGGAUGGUUGGCAAGGGGAAAGUUCAUAACAAUUUGGGUGAAUUACUUCACACUAAACCGCUCCCUACUGGAUCUUUGAAAGUCUCGGUUGAUAUUGCUUUGGAGAAGGAUGCGUUAUUACCACAUCCUGACGAUGUUUCGGAUGCAACUUUAUUGGGAGAUGCCAUAGGUUCAUUUGUUGCAUGGCCGACAGACCUCAUUAUCGUAGGAUAUGAGACUCCCACAAAAUCCAAAGCAAAAGAUAAGGGGAUUGCGCGGGAAAUCGAGUCAGUUGCAUCGCAAAAAGAGAUUCCUGUUGCUAAGAAGACUGAAAUUUCCAAGAGGACCGGGGCUAAAAAGAAAAAUCCUUCCAAGUAUAGAGCGUGCCUCCAUACAUAUUUAGAAACGACAGAUAUUUCGGAUGGAUGUGUUCGUUUAAUACCUAUGGAUGGAGCUAUUUUUGGUUUUGAGUAUGCCGAGCCAUUGGGUAAAGAGGAUUUUGAUCAAAUUUUGUAUCAUACGCAAUUAAGCAUUGGUGUUAUCAACACAUACAUGAGGUAUUUAUAUGACAAAUUGAUGGGUCCGCGUGGGUUGGAGCAAAGAUUCUCAUUCUUAAAUCCCAUGAAAACGAACUUAACCGAAAUGAUAAGAAAACCAGAUGAAGUCAGGACGUAUGUAGUCGAGUGCUUUAUGGCCGACACAGAUAGAGAAAAGUUGUUCUUUUUACCGUUUAAUAAAAUAGAGUGGAGGUAUAUUAAUUAUCACAAUUUUGAUUAUAUUAGUGAUGCCACAUGA